AUGUCGCAACUCCUCGAAGAUGUGGUCAAGCGCCUUGUCGCUCAGGAUACUGAGUCCCGCGUCAAGGUCGAAGCCGCAACUACGCUACGCGAUAAUCUUGACGUCUUCACUUCUGGCCCGUCCUACCCAGUCUUUCUCAAGAGGGUUAUGCCCGUCUUCAUAUCCAUACUUAAUGGCCCUUGCACAUUCCAAAGCACUUCCAACGAACAGAGGCUCCGAAACACCAUCCUCGAGAUCCUUCAUCGAUUCCCUACAGUCCCUGCCGCCGCCGAGCCUUUCGAGCCAUACGCAUUGGAAACCGUCGAACUGUUAAUGAAACUGGUCCGGACGGAUAACGAGGAAAAUGCCGUCAUCUGCGUCAAAGUCAUCUCCGACAUCAUGCGGUUCCAGUCCAAAGUUGUCGCGGGCAAGGUACAGGAGUUCCUGAGCCUGAUACAAGAGCUCUUCGAGCAGAUGGAGCGGGUUGUGAGGGAGCAGCUUGACAAUGAGCCUACGACUGGAGCAGGUGGAAUGCCAUCUACACCCGGAAGCACACAGACGAACUUCCACCAGCACCAGUCACCCCGACCAGGCUCCCCCACGGCAACAACGACCGAAUUCGGCAUCGACCAACCGACCGCUCGGCCGCUGCUGAAGGGAAUGCAAUCAUUCAAGGUCCUCUCGGAAUGUCCGAUCAUAGUCGUCUCGAUAUUCCAGGUCUACCGGAACACCGUGCCACAGAAUGUGAAGGCCUUCGUUCCGCUGAUCAAGAGUGUGCUGUGUUUACAGGCGAAAGCUCAAGAGCAGGCACAUACUGAGGCAGCGUCCAAGCACACUGUCUUCACGGGUGUCAGUCCCAGCAUCAGGAACCGAGCAGCUUUCGGCGAGUUCAUCACGGCACAGGUGAAGACGAUGAGUUUCUUGGCAUACCUGCUGAGACAGUACUCACAGCAACUGACGGAUUUUCUUCCGACUUUACCAGAUAUUGUGGUACGACUACUGAAGGACUGCCCGCGAGAAAAGUCAAGCGCUAGGAAGGAGCUCCUUGUCGCUAUCCGCCACAUUAUCAAUUUCAACUUUAGGAAGAUUUUCUUGCCCAAGAUCGACGAACUCCUGGAUGAGAGGACCCUGAUUGGCGAUGGACUCACUGUCUACGAGAAUAUGAGGCCUCUCGCGUACAGCAUGCUCGCAGAUCUCAUCCACCACGUCAGAGAUUCUCUCACGCCAGCACAGAUCAGGAAGACCGUGGAGGUCUACACAAGAAACCUGCAAGACAACUUCCCGGGCACCAGUUUCCAAACGAUGAGCGCGAAACUAUUGCUUAAUAUGGCAGAAUGCAUCGCCAAGAUGGACAACAAGGAGGAUGCGCGGCAUUUCCUGAUCAUGAUCUUAAAUGCUAUUGGGGACAAGUUUGCCGCCAUGAACCGCCAGUACGCGAACGCAGUGAAGCUGUCGAAAGCAUACGCGAAGCAGACGAAAGAUCAGACGCCAGACACGUACCUGGCUGACAAGGCAGAUCCUCCAGACUGGGAUGAGGUCGACAUCUUCAAUGCGAUGCCUAUUAAGACAGCGAACCCCCGGGAAAAGGGUGCAGAUCCUGUCGUCGACAACAAGUUUCUGUUCAAGAACCUGAUGAACGGUCUCAAGAACACCUUCUACCAGCUCAAGGUUUGCAAUCCUCCGCACGUUGUGGAGCAGGUGAAUGCCCCAGCGCAUUGGCAGGACGUUGCAUAUGGGUUCAGUCCCGAAGAAGUGCAGGUCAUUGUCAAACUCUUCAGGGAAGGCGCCUAUGUGUUCCGCUACUAUGAAAUUGAGAAACCCAUUGGCGAAUCUCAGUACCAGUCGGCGGUUGAGUACAUGGCUAAUUUCUACAUGAACUCCAGCAGCAAGGAAGAGAAGGAGCUUUUGGAGACGUUUGCGACUGUGUUCCAUUGCAUUGACCCAGCCACUUUUAACGAGGUCUUCCAGCAGGAGAUCCCGCGUCUUUAUGAGAUGAUAUUUGACCACACGGGGCUUUUGCACAUACCACAAUUCUUCCUCGCCAGCGAAGCAACAUCACCAAGCUUCUGCGGCAUGCUGCUCAGAUUCCUGAUGGAACAUAUUGAGGAUGUCGGCUCAGCAGAUGUGAAGAAGGCAUCGAUACUUUUGCGGCUCUAUAAGUUGGCGUUCAUGGCCGUCACUCUGUUUGCGGCGCAAAAUGAGCAGGUUCUUCUGCCUCACGUUGUGGACAUCGUCACAAAGUCCAUUGAGUACUCUACCAAGGCUGAGGAGCCCAUGAACUACUUUCUUCUCCUCCGUUCGUUGUUUAGGAGCAUUGGCGGCGGGAAGUUCGAGCAUCUCUAUAAGAAGAUAUUGCCGCUUCUAGAGAUGCUCCUGGACGUCCUCAACAACCUUCUCAGAGCUGCGAGAAAGCCAGCCGAGCGGGAUUUGUAUGUCGAGCUGUGCUUGACAGUCCCUGCUAGGCUCAGCAAUCUUCUGCCACAUCUGAGUUUUCUCAUGCGGCCGCUGGUAGUUGCAUUACGUGCGGGGAGCGACUUGGUCGGGCAGGGUCUGCGGACGCUUGAGUUGUGCGUGGACAAUCUCACAGCGGACUACCUCGACCCCAUAAUGGCCCCUGUUAUGGAUGAGCUGAUGUCUGCGCUCUUUGAUCAUCUCAAACCAGCCCCGUACCAGCACUUCCAUGCCCACACGACGAUGAGGAUCCUUGGAAAGCUCGGCGCCGAAAUCGCAAGGUCGAAGAAGGAGAGGCCGUUCCCUGUCAAUAUGGGCAUCCAGCUUGCCAUUCAGAAGUUGACGGAAGCCCCGAAGCAAGUCAAAGUUGGCCCAUCCAAGCAAUCCGAUGCUUUCUACAAGGAGAAGGCCUUCCAUUUCCUCAAGGCACAGCUGAAAUUGCGCAUUGGGUAUGAUAAUUUGCCCGAGGAUCUUCCCAGGCUAGUCCGCCUCCAGGUGCAAGAUUUGCUGGCUCGCAAGACUGACGCCGACUUUUCGAUUUUCGAGACCUCUGAUCGUGGGCGCUCAGUUCCUAACAAGGAGGAUCAAGACAACGUGCUCAAGCGACUCAUCAAGGCGAUGAUGUUUGCCAACUCUUUGCCUGACUUCAAGGAGGAAUCCAUGGCAUUCCUAUUGGGCCUUUGCCGCCACUUCGCGAUCAUCGAAGUAGGCAGAGCUCUCGUGGACUGCAAAAGGGGCGCGAGCCCAUUCGAUGUCAAUGCGGGUGAAGGUCCAAUGUGUCUUGACACUCGUGUUCUUUGCGAUGCUAUCCUUGAGUCACUGGCAUCUGACCACCCAGAUGUUCGCGAAGCCGCUAAACGAGCAAUCAAAGAGGUAUAUGAUUCUGCCGCCAUCAUACUUGGGUCGUCCAAUAAUGUUGGGCGUCUGACAUUCUUCCAUCACCUUGGCUCUGUCCUCUGUCAUGGGUGCUAUGAGGAAGAGUGGUUUACCAAAGCUGGUGGAUGUUGUGGCAUCCGUAUACUUUUGACGGAUGUUGAUCUUGGAGAUGCGUGGAUUGCCAUGAAACAGAGUGAGUGCAUCAAGGCAUUACUGUUUGUGGUGAAGGACAUGCCACAGGACCUCCCUGAGAACACGAGACGAUCAGCACAAGACACGCUGGACAUCUUGCUACACAGGAUCACAAAAAUCAAGAAGGAGGACUGCUUGCCGCUGCCACAGGAGAAGGGCCAACAACCACCAAAACAGCCCCGAAUGGCUCAGAUUUGCAAUGUGUUGAAUCAAGAGCUCCCACACAUGAACAAGCACGUUCGGGAGACCGCCAAACAAUGCCUCGAUAUAAUUGCAAAGGCAGCAGAUGCACAAGUCUGGGAGUUGCUUGAGCCUCAUAGGGAUCGCCUUCUGUCACAGAUCUACUCCAAACCUCUCCGAGCUCUCCCAUUUUCGAUCCAAAUCGGCUACAUCGAUGCGGUGACUCACUACAUGUCUUUGAAGCAGGACUUUGCCAGCGAUGAGUCGCUCGCCAACAAGGCCGCCGAGUUCCGGACACACAACUACAUUGUGAGCCUUCGUGUGUCCUGCAUCAAGAUCCUGAGUACCGCCAUGGAUUUUGAAGAUUUCAUGAAGCCGAGUCAGCCCAAUCAGCCAAACAAAGAGAGAACUCGAAUUGUUGCAACUUUCUUCAAGUGCCUUUAUUUGCAUCCUACGCCCAUCAUCGAUGCUGCUUAUGAAGCACUGAAGACUGUUCUGUCCAUCAACAACAAGUUACCAAAGGAUUUGCUUCAGUCAGGCCUUAGACCGGUUCUAGCCAGCCUCCAGGAUGCAAAGAGGCUGAGUCUCCAGGGGCUCAACAAUUUGGCGAGGCUUCUUAAACUACUUACCUCGUACUUCAAGGUUGAGAUCGGAACGCGCCUUCUUGACCACGUCAAAAACCUGGCAGAUGGUAAUAUGCUGCAGCAACUAUCCUUCACUUUCUUUGAACAGAACGAAAUGAUGGAGGUCAUUGCCGCUGUCUUCAACAUUUUCCAUCUGCUACCGGCUGCAGCAGAAGGUUACAAAGAACGUAUCAUCGAGACGGCAUUGGAUCUCGAGUCAAAGCUUCGUCGGACUCAUCACAGUCCCUUCCGCAAGCCGAUCUACAAGUUCUUGAAUCGGUACCCCCAGGAGAUAUGGAACUUGCUGUUGAACAAGAUCCGCGACAUCAAGUACGGCCGAUUCUUCGCCCAGGUUCUUCGUCAUGCAGACAGCGGUCCGCUCCGGGACUUUGCAGCGGCGAAUAUUCAGGCCUUGGUCCAGGCUUGCAAAGACGUCCCCAGUGACGAUCGUCCCGGCAGAUCCACUUCCAUAGUCAACGCCAUCACCAUGCUUGAUGCACUCUGCCAGUACUCCGCCACAGCGUGGAUGGCAAACAAGGAGACGCUUGCCUGGUUGAAGCAGGCAAGCAGCGAUCUCGAACUACAGCUACGGGUCAACGAAGUGCCUGGUCCUUUGCGCCUUGCUGCACACCAAGCCGUCGAGCACGCCACUUGGAUCAUGACCAAAUAUCUCGAGCAGAACCCUAAAGAUCUCGAUGCUCUGUUUUCGCUGAUCGAAUCAGUUACAACCGAGGAUGUCAGGCAAACGCAAAGCUUGUUCGCGUACCUGUACAAUGGGGUCAUUUGCAACGAUUCAGUCGAGUUUUGGAAGUCGAUUGUCCUACGAUGUCUCGACACAUAUGCUGGAAAGACCGCAUCCCAAAAGACAAAGCUGUUUCUGCUGCACAACAUUGUCAACCCCAUUUUGGCAAUGGACCUGAUGCGACAUUGGGACCAACCCGAGCAACGGCCAAAUCGUUUGAUCGAUCGGGCCGUGAUCGAAUCCAUCAGCACAAAGAUCUGGAAGGUCAGUCUGGCUGAUCCCCAGGACGACCUUAGCCAACCGGGCAUCGAUCAUACGAGGAUGGAAGUCCUGCAGCUCUCAGCCUUCCUCAUCAAGUACCACAACACCAUCUUGCAGGAAGCGCGCAAAGACAUAAUCAAGUUUGGUUGGACAUACAUCAGACUCGACGAUGUGAUCAACAAGCAUGCCGCCUACGUCGUUCUGUCAUACUUCAUCGCGCACUAUGACACACCCGGAAAGAUAGUUUCCCAGGUGUAUUUCUCAUUGCUCAAGAACAAUCAGAACGAGGGACGUACGCUCGUUACGCAGGCUUUGGAGUUGAUGGCGCCAGUUCUGCCCAAGAGAUGCGGCUCCAUCCAGGCCAACGAGCGGAAUACUGUCUGGUCCGCUGCACCCCGACGUAUCUUGUCAGAGGAGGGACAGAAUGUUCAGCAAAUGACCAGCAUCUUCCACUUCCUCGUGCGGCACCCGGAUCUUUUCUACGAGACUCGCGACAAGUUCUCCAUUCUCAUCAUUCAAUGUCUGCGAAAAGUUGCGAAUUUCCCCAACCCGUCCUUUGAGAGCAGGCGCCUUGCCCUCAACAUGAUGUGGCUGAUUUGGGAGUGGGAACAAAGGCGUGUCACUGGAAAGACCACAAGCUCCACACGAAUGGCAUCUCAAUCCCUAUCACCAGUUGCCAAGAAGCGCAAACUAGAUGAAAUGUCCGCGUCGCCUCCAGCAGUCCGACAAACUGCUGCUGUUGAGAAGGCCGAGUAUCAAAUUCCCGCCCCAGUGCGGCAGAAGAUGGUGAAAUAUCUGGUCGAGUUUAUCGCGCAGCUGAAUGAGCGAUACCCGUUGCCAUCAAGCAAAGCAAAGGACACGCCGGUCACAGCCAGUCAUUCCAUAUCCACAGAGCUCAACAAGAAGGCCAUGACCCUCCUAUUCAACCUUUUGCAACCAGAGUACUGGGCUGAUCUCGACGUCGACCUCUUCCCCAACGUCACAGAUGUGGUUCUUGCCAGCGAAAAGACGACUCAGAUCCUCAGUAUCGACCCAGAGAAUAAGGAGAGGUACGACGAGAAGUUCAUCACGAACAUCAUCAACACGCUUCAAGUGGUGCGCAUCAUCCUGGAUUCAAAGUCGGAUGAGUGGAUCUUGAAGAACAUGAGCCAAAUCCAGAAGAUUCUCGAGAAGUGUCUGAGGUCAGAAAAUCCUGAGCUGCAGGACUGUCUGCACUUGGCAGACCCGAAGUAUGAUGAUGGACGGGAGAUCAGAGCCAUUGUCAAAAGGAUUCUCGAUGCUGUUCCUACCGCUGCGGAGGAUGUGCAAAUGGAAGAUGCCGACGCGGAGGGUGAGCCUGAGUCACAGACGUCUGAAGUCAUCACUUUCCUCUCCAACAUCGGGACCGAGACAAUGGCAGCCGCGAACUACGUUGCGGGCAUCAACAUCCUAUGGUCACUAGGCAACCGACGUCCAUCGGCUAUCGACCCUCACAUCCCAGCCAUCAUGAAAUCGCUGCAGUCCAAACUCGCCAGGGAUCACGUGUCUCACUACACCGCCAUCAGCCACGAAGGUAAUGCACCUCGGGCCCCGGACCAGAAUCCACCUGCCAAGAUGGACGACUAUGAUCUCGAGAUCCAGACGGGCUUGAUGCUCAAGGCCAUUGAUGUCACUGCAAAGCGAAUGGAAAUCCUUGGGGAUAACCGUAGGCCAUUCCUCAGUGUCUUGGCCACUCUUGUGGAGAAGUCUUUGCAUAUACCACUGUGCGAGAAGAUUCUAGAUAUGGUCGAGGGCUGGAUCUUCCGUUCCGAGGGAACAUGGCCUACGCUCAAGGAGAAGACAGCUGUCUUGCACAAGAUGUUGACGUUUGAGCACCGCGCCGACACAACAAUGCUGACAAAGUACUUGGACCUGGUACUCCGCAUUUAUGAGGACCCCAAGAUCACCAGAACCGAGCUAACCGUGCGCAUGGAGCAUGCUUUCCUGAUAGGAACACGGGCGCAAGACAUCAACAUGCGGAACCGCUUCAUGGCGCUCUUGGACAAGAGUUUGUCCAAGACUGCCAGCGCUCGCUUGUUGUAUGUCAUCAACACGCAGAAUUGGGACACAUUGGGCGAGACUUUCUGGCUUGCUCAAGCUUCGCAACUACUUCUCGGUUCCGUGGAAUCGAAUAGCAGCGUACAUUUACACCAUGAGGACUUCCGGACUUUGCCCGCCUCUCGGCUCUUUGGCAACUACGCAAAGGACCCAAGGCAGCCGGCGGCAAUGUCAGAUGACAAGUACGAGGCUUUCAUGGCGGGCCACCGUCGCUUCAUGUCCGAGCUCGGUGAUGUCAAGGUUCGAGACAUUAUCGAGCCGCUCACACAAAUGCAGCACGUCGACUCGAACCUCGGCAAAGAGCUCUGGGAGACACUGUUCCCAAUGUACUGGUCUGCGACGACAAGGGAGGAGCGAGAGGAAGUCAAACGUGGCCUGGUGUUGCUGUUGACCAAGGACUACCACCAGCGGCAGCUCGACAAGCGUCCUAACGUGAUCCAGGCAUUGCUCAAGGGCGCUGCAAAGGCGUCUCCUGAGUGCAGAAUUCCUCCCCACGUCUUGAAGUACGCGGCUCAGACUUUCGAUUCUUGGUAUACGGCACUGGCUCAGCUCGAGGAUGCCGCAAUUGACCUGGAAGCAUCGGAUCCACCUACAGUGAAGGAGAGCAACUUGAAUGCGCUCGUCGAGAUAUACGCCAACUUGAAGGAGGAUGACUUCUUUUACGGCACGUGGCGCCGCCGAUGCCAAUUCUUGGAAACCAACAGCGCUCUCUCUUACGAGCAGAAUGGUCUGUGGGACAAGGCUCAGAAGAUGUAUGAGAUGGCACAGGUCAAGGCUCGCACUGGUGCCCUCCCCUUUUCUCAGGCUGAGUACACACUGUGGGAGGACCAUUGGGUUCUGUGCGCUCAGAAACUGCAGCAAUGGGAUAUUCUGCAGGACUUUGCCAAGCACGAACAUCUCCAGGACCUCCUUUUGGAGUGUGCAUGGCGCAACACGGAGAUGUGGCAAUCGCAAGAGAAUAGGGAUCACAUCGAUGCCAUGAUCAAGGGCCUUAUGGACGCACCUACCCCGCGUCGAUCUUUCUUCCAGGCAUUCAUGGCUUUGCGCAAGCUUCACAACAAACAGGAGACACAGCCGGACUUCCAGAGAUACGUCGACGAGGCUAUUCAGCUUGCGAUACGUAAGUGGCAUCAAUUGCCGAAGCAGCCUACGCACGCACACGUUCCGUUGCUUCAGAACUUCCAGCAACUGGUGGAGUUGCACGAUGCUAGUGUCAUCUGUACUAGUCUUGCGGGUACGAAUCAGCAGAACUUGGAUGUCAAAUCUAGUGAGCUGAAACUGCUUCUGGGCGGUUGGCGUGAUCGACUGCCCAACGUUUGGGACGACAUCACUGCCUGGCAAGACCUCGUUACCUGGCGACAGCACAUCUUCGGUCUCAUCAACCAGACUUAUCUCGGACUUCUGCCUCAGGGGGGCCAGAAUGCGGGAGGCUCUUCGUUUGCGUACCGGGGAUACCACGAAACAGCAUGGAUCAUCAACCGCUUCGCCCAUGUUGCCAGGAAACAUAACUUGGCGGAUGUCUGCAUCAGCCAGCUUGGUCGCAUCUACACCUUGCCAAACAUCGAGAUACAAGAAGCAUUCUUGAAGCUGCGAGAGCAGGCCAAAUGCCACUACCAGAAUCCCAAGGAACUCAACAGCGGGCUGGAGGUCAUCAACAACACCAAUCUUGGGUACUUCAGCCCAGGCCAGAAGGCAGAGUUCUACACUUUGAAGGGCAUGUUCCUUGAGAAACUGAGUCAGAAGGACGAAGCCGACAAUGCUUACGGCACAGCCCUGUACUUCGACAUCGGGGCAGCAAAGGCAUGGGCUGAAUGGGGUUACUUCAAUGACCGCAAGUUCAAGGAAGACCCUGCCGACCUCAAUUCUGCCCGCCAAGCACUCACGUCGUACCUGCAGGCAGCAGGCAGCUACAAGAACGCCAAGUCGCGGAAGCUCAUUGCCAGGAUUCUUUGGCUUCUGAGCAUGGACGAUGCCAACGGGACUGUCUCUGCCGGAUUCGAUGAUUUCAAGGGUGACACGCCGACUUGGUACUGGAUCACCUUCAUUCCGCAGCUGCUCACUGGGCUCAGCCACAAGGAAGCGACGCGGGUCCAUUCCAUACUCUUGAAGAUUGCCAGAUCUUAUCCCCAGGCCCUUUACUUCCAGUUGCGGACCAACAGGGAGGACAUGAUGGUUAUCAAGAAGAACCAUGAGGCCAAGAAGCAAAGAGAACGGCAACAAUCAGUCGGGGGAGCCAAGCCUGCAGGCUCACCAGCUCUGCAGAAACAAGAGGCUCCCGGUGCGCAGAAGCAGGAAGGGAACUCGGGAUCACGACCCGCCACUGCCAACGGGGAAGCUAACGUCCAACCUAAGACGGAGGGCGGCGAGACGAAUGGCACAGCGGCAACUCCUACCACGACAGGGCCUAACGGCUCGACACCAGCACCUGGAGAACAGCAAGCCGAGGCGGGCCAGAAGAAGUUCCCAUGGGAACUGACGGAAGAGAUCAUGUCCCAGCUCAAGACGGCCUUCCCUCUCCUGGCGCUAUCAAUGGAGACCAUGGUCGACCAGAUCCAGAAGCACUUCAAGUGCCCGCCAGAUGAAGAUGCGUACCGGCUGAUUGUGGCCCUGCUCAACGACGGACUGGCAUAUGUCAGCCGCAUGCCAACGUCGUAUGCCAAGGGCACAAAGCUACCACAGGCCACCGAGACGAACAUCACUCGAUUUGCUGAGACAAUACUGCCGGCGCACAUAAGGAAGACGUUUGAGGCAGACUUUGUCACAUUCAAGCCUACGAUGUUCGAGUACAUCCACAAACUGAGGAAGUGGAGAGACAAGUUCGAGGAGAAGCUGGACAGGCGCAACCCCCACAUGUCCUUGGAAGCGUACACGACACUCUUGAGCGAGUUUAAGUACCAGAAGUUCGAUGAGGUCGAGGUCCCCGGCCAGUACCUGCAGCUCAAGGACAAGAACCAAGACUUCAUCCGCAUCGAGCGUUUCAUUCCCACGGUCGAUCUAGUUCGCAUGAUCGGCAUGUCUCAUCGACGACUGAAGAUCCGAGGUCACGACGGCAGCAUCCAUCCAUUCGCGGUUCAACAUCCCGCAGCUCGGCACUGUCGAAGAGAGGAGAGGAUUGUCCAGUUGUUCCGGCAGCUGAACCAGAGGCUGAGCAGGAAGAAGGAAAGCCGUCGUCGCGACUUGCAGUUUACCCUGCCGUUGAUGGUCCCGCUGGCACCACACAUUAGGAUUGUGCAGGAGGACACGUCUUACAUCACACUUCAGGGUAUCUUCGAGGAUCAUUGCCGACGCAACAGUCUGUCCAAGGAUGAUCCUGUGCUGUUUAUUAUGGAUAAACUGCGCGCACUUGGGGAAUCCAAAGGGAAGACUGGCGAGCACAGCGCCACGGCUCGACUGGAGAUCCAGAACGCCAUCCAGGACAAGUGGGUGCCACGCACCGUGGCUCUUGACUACUUCCAGAGGUCAUACCUGGACUACGCCGAUUUCUGGCUGUUCAAGCGCCGUUUCUCAUACCAGCUGGCCGCGCUGACGUUCAUGACGUAUGUCCUGUUCAUCGACAAGCGGUACCCACAAAAGAUACACAUCGCCCGAGGCACCGGCAACAUCUGGAGCUCCGAGCUCCUGUCGUCCAUGACCAACAGCCGGCCCUACUUUGGCACGGCAGAACCGGUGCCGUUCCGCCUCACGCCCAACAUACAGACCCUCAUGGGCCCGCUGGCGACGGAGGGCGUCUUUGGAUGCUCCAUCAUGGCGAUCGCAAGGUGCCUCACGGAGCCCGAGUUCGAGCUCGAGCACGCGCUCACCCUGUUUGUCCGCGACGAGGUCAUGUUCUGGUUCACCAGCAGUCACAGGAUGGCACAUCUUAACGAGGGACAUCUUAGGGAGACGGUGCAGACCAACUGUGACCUCAUUGUCAAGAGGGCGGUCAGCCUCGCGACGGUCCCCGAGGGGACGCUGCCGGCCAACCAGACGGUCAUCGACCUGAUCAGCAAGGCUGUCAACCCCAUCAACCUCGCCAUGAUGGACGCGUUGUGGCAGGCAUAUCUCUAG